ACAGCAUGUCGCAAAGCUGGCGCUGAUGUGCUGGAAUUUCACAAUCCUUUGGAGGAGAAAUGGAUUGAUUUACAAUGUCGACUCAGAGGUUAUGCUGGAGUCUGGAUUGGAAUCAGUGAUCUUCAACAAGAAGGACACUUCAUUUCCGUAUCAGAGGCCAGACCGCCACGAUAUCUGAAAUGGGCCAGAGGAGAGCCCACAAAUAGUGGCAGUAAUGAACACUGCGCGUAUUACUAUUAUACAUGGAGAGGACUGGUCGACGUACGGUGUUCUAACAAAUACAACGUUGUGUGCAAAAAAUAAAUUUGAAGAUUUCCCAGAAAUCAUAUUUAACAUCAUUAACAUUUUCUAUUAACUCUUUCUGUGGUGCAAAGUCUUAUCACGAACUAAUGAACCCGAAUUAAUACGCCUGUGAAAUGUAUAUGAAAGAUGAUAGCCAUAG